CGCUGUUCGGACCAAUUAUUUGAAAUUACCAUUCAUCAUUGAAACAAGCUUAAGUGGCUACCGCAAGUGGCAAGCCAAAAAAGUGCAGAAAAAAGUUUAUUUCCACGAUUUCGUCUAGGAUAAACCAAUGGCUACCAGGAAAAGCAGUCUGUCGCCUAUUACUUUAUUAAAAUUCUCCUGCCUCGUAUUCCUAAUAAGCCUGUUUCCAGGCACAGCCUCCUCCAGUGACUGGCUAAGGGAAUGCGGCAACUGUCGCUGCAAGUGGGUGUCUGGAAAAAAAACGGCCGACUGUCGCAAUCUGAGCCUUCGCGGAGUCCCAGAAUACCUUAACUCGGAGGUCCAGGUGUUGGAUUUGUCACAGAAUUACAUAUUUUACUUGGAGGAAAACGUAUUCUCGUCUCAGCAGUUGCAGAAUUUGCAUAAACUUGUUAUAACUAAUGGUACUUUGAGGAGAAUUCAUCCGCUAAGCUUCACCCAGCUGAACAUUCUAAUUGAACUUGACUUGUCGAAUAAUAAGAUUGUGGAGCUUCUACCAAAUGUUUUUGAACCGCUAAGUAAGGUUCGGUCUUUGGUGUUCAAUGGAAAUCUCUUACAGAGGAUUCAGAAAGGUGUUUUCCACAACCUUAAAUAUCUCCACAAAAUAGAGCUGAAGCAUAACCGCCUGGUGAGUAUUGAAAUGCAGGCUUUUGUUGGCGUGCCUCUAUUGUCGCAGAUUUAUUUGGAUGGCAACGAGCUUACCCUCAUGCGAAAGGAAACUUUUAAAAAUUUGACCAAGCUGAGCACCUUUUCUCUGGCCCAGAAUCCCUGGAAUUGCACAUGUGACCUCCAGCCAUUCCGGGAUUUCGUGGUAGAGAUGAAUCUUUACACACCAUCCAUCGAGUGUCAUUAUCCUCUGCAAUUGCGGGGUCUGCAGUGGCUCGUGGAUAAGCCGGUGGCGUUUGCUUGUAAGCCAAAAAUUGUGUAUCCGGGCCUCGGUAUUUCCAUUAACACGUCUAAGGAAAAUGUGACGCUUAUAUGUCGCGUCCACGGACCAAACAAUACCGUAAUUGCCUGGGACUACAACAAGCAGUUGUAUGUUGCUGGUUUCACGCCAUUGAAAAGUCAUCGGCAGCAGAGGAUUUACAUCGAAGUUGUGCUGGAAAAGCAAAUACCAGAACAGAAUAUGGGUCAUUAUACUUUUGUUUCGCGCCUUACCAUCAUAGAUGCCAAGAAGUCCGACGAAGGAGUCUACACCUGCAUAGCCGAGAAUCCCGGUGGCAGAGAUUUCGUUCAGAUGAGCCUUGUGAUUCAAAACUUCGCCGAAUCAAAUCCUUUCUUGGACCUUAACUUUUUCACAGUAGUCUGUAUCAUAACGAUUUGGUUCCUCGGCAUGUCGAUGCUGCUGUCCACGAUUACAUGCCUCCUUUACAAGCGAUUGAGGAAAAUGUAUCCAGAAAAGCAAACACACCUGUUGCCGUUAAGCUUUCCAUCUGAUGUUUUAAAUGGGGAACAAGCUAGCACUGACAGAUGCAUGGAACCUGGGUCAUUCAAUAUCACUCAAAGUAGUAGCAGCUAUGUGAUAGCUAAGCCUCACCGGAAUUUUAACAUCGGCGAUGAAAAAACAAAUUUAAACAAACUAAAUGAUACCAGUACAGAGCGAAAUAAGGAUACGAAUGAUGUGCCCGUCAAUAUUGAGUGCAAAGUCGAUUGUCAACUAAGAGAUAAGCUCCUGCUGGGCCAUUCUAACCAAUCUGUUGCUGGUUCAUCAUUUAAAACGGAAAAAUCCGAAGAGAUUAGCUCGGAGCAGAAGUCAACAAACACCACACCCAUAUUAAAGAAAUUAGGACACAUUUCCCGCAAACAGUAUAAUAGCAACGUUCAAAAGUAUCUACAGGAUAAGUUUGGUAGUAUUCGCGCGAAGGAUCGCAAAGUUAAAGAUAUUAGCACCUGCCAAGAAAAAAAUGAUUCGAAAGCAUAAAUAAUAUAAAAAUAAAUAAAGGCGCCAAAAAUAACUCCAAUUCAAUAUUCAAAAAGUAUCUUGGGGAAUCCCGGAAGUAACAUGUAUUGUAAAGAGGGUGAAUACGUGAUAUAACGAUAACAUAACUAUCGAUAGCCACCGGUUGACAGUUGCAAGUGCCAUCCCUAUCAGGUCGUGGGGAUGCAUAAAAAUAAAAACUAGCCAGCUAGUUUUUCCAUUUGUUUUUCCAACAGGCUGUUGAGGCCCGAAUCAAUUCCGUUUGCCAAUCCGGGAGAUUUGAGCUAGGCGCAGAGGCGAGACCGAGAAGGCUCUGCGCGACAAAGGGAGCCACGCACAAAUUCCUAGGAAAGCUACACAUCGCCACCACCU